AUGUCGUUCCAAAAUUUCGAUUCUUUCCAGAACCAGCACCCGCCCGCGGACACUGCUUCCGCUCCUGGCGCCCCGGCCUCUGCGGAUGCCACCAUGACCGGUCAGGCCGACCCGUCCCCGGCUCCUUUCCAGGGUCCCACGCCCGGUGAGCCCUCUACUGGAUCCCAGCAGGGCGUUGAGGGAAAGACUACUCUCUGGAUGGGUGAACUCGAGCCCUGGAUUGACGAGAACUUCAUCCGUAACCUGUGGUUCCAGAUGGGCGAGCAGGUCAACGUGAAGAUGAUCCGUGACAAGUUCUCUGGAAGCAAUGCCGGCUACUGUUUCGUCGACUUCUCUUCCCCCGCCGCCGCCGCCAAGGCCCUGUCUCUCAACGGCACCCCGAUCCCCAACACCACCCGUCCCUUCAAGCUGAACUGGGCUACUGGCGGCGGUCUGGCUGACCGAAGCCGUGACGACCGUGGUCCCGAGUACUCCAUCUUCGUUGGUGACCUUGGCCCUGAGGUGAACGAAUACGUUCUGGUCUCCCUCUUCCAGAGCCGCUUCCCGUCCUGCAAGUCCGCCAAGAUCAUGACCGACCCCAUCAGCGGCAUGUCUCGCGGCUACGGUUUCGUUCGUUUCUCCGACGAGAAUGACCAGCAGCGUGCUUUGACCGAAAUGCAGGGUGUCUACUGCGGCAACCGUCCCAUGCGCAUCUCGACUGCCACUCCCAAGAACAAGGGUCCCGGUGCUGGCCCUGGUGCCAUGGGCAUGCCCGGUGCUCCCGCUGGCCUGUACCCCCCGGCUAUGGGCGGUCCCCCCAUGGGCUUCUACGGUGCUCCCCAGCCCAUGAACCAGUUCACUGACCCCAACAACACCACCGUCUUCGUCGGUGGUCUGUCCGGCUAUGUCACUGAGGACGAGCUCCGCUCCUUCUUCCAGGGCUUUGGCGAGAUUACCUAUGUCAAGAUUCCCCCUGGCAAGGGCUGUGGUUUCGUCCAGUUCGUCCAGCGCCACGCCGCUGAGAUGGCCAUCAACCAGAUGCAGGGUUACCCCAUCGGCAACUCCCGUGUCCGCCUCAGCUGGGGUCGCUCCCAGAACAACUCCGGCCCAGCUGGUACCCCUUACCGCCCGGCACCUCCUCCACCAAUCUACCCUUCCAUGGGCAUCCCCCCAGCUGCUCACCAGUAUGGUGGCUUUGCGCCAAUGAAGGUUCGUUACUAUUAA